UGUAUUCUGUUUCACUUCAUGGUUUUAACUAAAGAUUUGGUCUUUUGAGGUAAAUGACUAAGAUUUAGUUUUCAUAGACCCUUCUACAUUGCUUUUUUUCUUGUUUUUCUAUGUGGGGUUGUGCUUAUAUUAUGCAAUGUGGUGUUUAAUGUGUGCAUUUUUUGAUUUGGUGUUCUGUUUCACUUCAUGGUUUUAGCUAAAGAUUUGGUCUUUUGAGGUAAAUCACUAAGAUUUUAGUUUUCAUAGACCCUUCUAUAUUGCUUUUUUUCUUCUUUUUCUAUGUGGGGUUGUUCUUAUAGUAUUAUGCUAUGUGGUGUUUAAUGUGUGCAUUUUUUGAUUUGGUGUGCUGUUUCACUUCAUGGUUUUAGCUAAAGAUUUGGCCUUUUGAGGUAAAUCACUGAGAUUUUAGUUUCCUUAGGCAUUUUCUUGCUCUAGUUCUGAUUUGGGUCUGCUAAAUGAGUUGCUUAUUGAAUGUGGAUUAGGCAUUUUCUUGCACUAAUUAUGUCCUGUUAAUUUAUUUAUUUAUUGUGGAUUAGGAUAUUGUGGAGUGUGGACUUUGUUUUUCUAUGUGGGGUUGUUCUGGUAUUAUGCUAUGUGGUGUUUAAUGGCUUUUAGAUGCUUUUGAAUGUAUGCAUUUUUUGAUUUGGUGUUUUUUUUUUUUUUUUCACUUCAUGCUUCUAAGAAAAAGAUUUGGGCUUUUGAGGUAAAUCACUGAGCUUUUAGUUUCCUCAGGCAUUUUCUUGCACUACUUAUGAUUUGAGUCUGCUAAAGGAGUUGCUUAUUGAAUGUGGAUUAGGCAUUUUCUUGCACUAGUUAUGUCCUGUUACUUAAUUUAUUUAAUGUGGCUUAGCAUAUUGUGGAGUGUGGACUUUGUUUUUCUAUGUGGAGUUGUUCUAUGUGGUGUUUAAUGCCUAUUGGAUGCUGUUGAAUGAAUGCAUUUUUUGAUUUGGUGUUUUUUUCCACUUCAUGCUUCUAAGAAAAAGAUUUGGGCUUUUGAGGUGAAACAUUGAGAUUUUAGUUUCCUUAGGCAUUUUCUUGCACUACUUAUGAUUUGGGUCUGCUAAAUGAGUUGCUUAUUGAAUGUGGAUUAGGAUAUUGGAGAUUAUGAAGUCAUCAUGUAUAUCUCUCAGUCUGCAUUUUUUGAUGUGGUAUUCUGUUUCACUUCAUGGUUUUAACUAAAGAUUUGGUCUUUUGAGUUUCCUACUUCCAAUCUGGGAACUUUUAUGCUGUUUAUGGAGCUUCUGAUCAUGAUCACUCUUGCUGAGUAAUGGCUUCGGUCGAGCUGACUGCAUUGAGGAAUCCGUGUUCUUUUUAAUGGCGUCAACACCACCUAUCAAGAGUUCACUUGAAAAGGUGAAUAAGUCAGCCAGAAUUCAAGCAGUAGAACGUAAUUCUCAGAAAUCAGCACCUUCCCAAGUUUCAAAUAGUAGCAAGUCUGAGAGCACAAUUUCCAAAGAGCUACAUAGCAAUGAUUCUGCCGACUUAUUGGUCGAUAAGUUUAAUUCGAGCUUAUAUUUGGGAAACCUGAAACAUGCUCCAAAUGUAAGCUCAGCUUCAGCCAAAGUAAGCGAUGGGGCCAGUAGCCUUGCAAAAACAAGUGCAAGUGGCAAACUUAGUGAUCGAGCUGAUUUUGUUGAGAGUGGAAAGAGCAGCAUCUGUAGGGGAAGCACAAGCACUGAUGUAAGUGAUGAAAGUAGUUGCAGCACCUUUAGCAGCAGUAUUAAUAAACCUCAUAAAGCUAAUGACUCAGGAUGGGAAGCAAUUCAAGCUAUUCGAGCUAAAGACGGAGCGUUAGACUUGAGACAUUUCCGGUUGCUAAAAAAGUUAGGAAGUGGUGAUAUUGGAAGCGUCUAUCUGUCGGAGUUAUGUGGAACAAAGUGUUAUUUUGCCAUGAAAGUUAUGGAUAAAGCAUCAUUAGCUGGCCGUAAGAAAUUGCUGCGUGCUCAAACAGAGAGAGAGAUAUUGCAGUCCUUGGACCAUCCUUUUCUGCCAAGUUUAUAUACCCAUUUUGAGACGGAAAAGUUUUCGUGUCUAGUAAUGGAGUUUUGCCCUGGAGGUGACUUGCACACACUUCGUCAGAGGCAGCCAGGGAAGCAUUUUUCUGAACAAGCUGUGAAGUUUUAUGUAGCAGAGAUCCUCCUUGCAAUGGAAUACCUCCACAUGCUUGGCAUUGUCUAUCGCGACCUCAAGCCAGAAAAUGUGCUUGUUAGAGAAGAUGGACACAUAAUGCUAUCCGAUUUUGAUCUCUCGCUUCGCUGUUCCGUGAGUCCGACACUCGUCAAGUUAUCGUCUCUUGAUGUGGACCCACUCCGGAAGAAUAAUUCCGGUUACUGUUUGCAGCCAGCAUGCAUCGAGCCGCCCUCGUGUAUCCAGCCAGUGUGUGCGGUUCCUACAACAUGUUUCGGGCCCCGCUUCUUUUCUAGUAAGUCAAAGAAAGAAAAAAAACCUAAAAAUGAUACAGGGAACCAAGUUAGUCCGUUACCGGAACUUAUGGCUGAGCCUACUGGAGCACGUUCGAUGUCUUUCGUUGGGACCCAUGAGUAUUUAGCACCCGAAAUAAUCAAAAAUGAAGGGCAUGGAAGCGCAGUGGACUGGUGGGCUUUCGGGAUAUUUUUAUACGAGUUAUUGUUUGGUAAGACGCCUUUCAAGGGGUCCGGAAAUCGAGCUACAAUUUUGAAUGUUGUGAAUCAACCCCUUCGGUUUCCAGAAUCUCCGGUGGUAAGUUUUUCAGCUAGAGAUCUUAUACGAGGGUUGCUUGUGAAAGAGCCACAGAAUCGAUUAGCAUACAAAAGAGGAGCUACAGAAAUUAAGCAGCAUCGUUUCUUCGAAGGCGUAAACUGGGCUUUGAUUCGUUGUGCAAGCCCGCCCGAAAUCCCAAGGCCAGUUGAAUUCGAGAGAAUCUCACCACAGCAGCCAUCAUCGACUAAUGAGAAACCCGUAGCCGUACCUGUCCGACACCAGCAAAAUUCUGGUAACUAUCUUGAAUUUGAUUUCUUUUAAUCAUUUUUUUUUCGUUUCUUCUUUUCGUUAGUCAAAGAUACGAAGUUGUACAACAUUUUGAAGAUGUCAAGUGGUUUUUUUUUUCUUGUUUGGUAGUUUGAUGAUCAUAUAUAUUGUUUGUUCUAACUUAUUAAACAGUUACACAGUUUGUUGUAUGGCAAAUGUUUUUAGUGUUGAUGCUACCAA